GUCCCUUUAAUUCCUAGACUGUGCUCUGCACCUUUAACUCCCUCUGUGGGCGGGGACGGCGGUCACAUGGCCAGGAAGACCAAACGGUUUCUGACUGCAGAGAGGAGAGCGGGGAUCAUUGUUUGAAAUCAACUGAAGUUGACGGUUCUUGUGCUGCCUCUGAACAAAGAGAGAGAUCUGAGGACGGCAACGAGAGCGGUGAGAUCGUUGUUUGAACGGAUGCAAAGAGACGUAUCAUUCGGAGGGGCCUGCUGACGUCUUCUAGACCUUGGGGGUGUGCUAAAUUUAUCAACAGCUGCUGGAAAAGCCCGAUCGGAUCUGCCAACUGUCCUUCAGACCUUUUGAGAUCUUGGAGUGUGUGCCCGGACUGGUUCUUUGAAAGGCUACAAUGGCGUCUGCUGAUCUGAGAGACGAGCUGAGCUGCUCCAUCUGUCUGAACAUUUAUAAAGAUCCGGUAACUCUGAGAUGUGGACACAACUUCUGCCAGGAAUGUAUUGACCGUGUGCUGGACACUCAGAAGGCGUCUGGACUUUAUACCUGUCCGGAGUGCAGAGAGGAGUUCAAGGAGCGACCUGUACUGUCUAGCGCUAGAGCUCUACGCAACAUAGCGGAGAUGUUUUUUAUUUCUCAGUCUGAUGAAAAAGAGACAGGGAUUUAUUGUACUUACUGUGUGGAUUCUCCCGUACCCGCUAUAAAAUCCUGCCUGCUCUGUGAAAAUUCUCUAUGUGGCAAACAUCUGAAAGUCCAUGCCAAGUCACCAGAACAUGUCUUAUCCGAUCCCACCAACUCCCCGGGGAACAGAAAAUGCUCCAUCCAUAAAAAGAUUGUGGAGUAUUUCUGCACCGAGGAAAGGGUUUGUAUCUGUGUUUACUGUAUUGCUGUUGGAGAACACAAAGGACACCCGGUGGAGUCGCUGGAUGAGGCCUCUGAGAAGAAGAAGGAGAAGCUGAGGAAAGAUCUGGAGAUGAUGACCUCAAAAAAAGCAUGGGCUGAGAAACAAGUCCAGAGUCUGGAGGAACGCAAGACAGACGUACAAGAAAAAGCAGCCGAUGUAAUAGAGAGAGUCACUGCCCUGUUCAGAGAUAUCAGGAGAGAGCUGGAAGAAGUUGAGAAGAGAGUCCUGAGUGAGGUCUCCAUGGAGGAGAAGAAGAUCUCACAAUCUCUGUCCAAUCUAAUCCAACAUCUGGAGAUACAGAAGGACGAGUUGUCCAGGAAGAUGAGUCACAUCGAGGAAUUGUGUAAAACCGCCGACCCAAUGACCGUCCUGAAGGAUCAGAACUCCGAUAGAGAGGAGAUCUGUCAUACCGAGCAGGAGGAUAAUAUGGAUGCAAUGAUUCCGAGGGAAGGUGAUUUUUAUGAGAAUUCCAUCACAGAGAAAUUACAGAAAUUAUCUGACUUAAUAAAAGAUUUUCCCCUCUGUAUACAGAAACCAGAAGGAGUUUUACUUGAUGAGGAAACAGCCGCUCAUAAUAUAAAGAUUUCAGAGGAUUUGAAAACUGCAUCUUUGUCAGCAGUAACAUUAAAUCGUCCAGAAGGUCCCCAACGAUUUAAGAACGGUCAGGUUCUAAGCAAGAGAAGUUUUUCUUCAGGGCGGCAUUCCUGGGAGGUGGACACGAGUAAUUCCAUUGGAUGGAGAGUCGGAUUGUGUUAUCCCAGUAUGGACAGGAAAUCGUAUGUUGGGAAUUAUAAGUAUUCCUGGUGUAUAAGAAGGAAUUAUAAUGAUUAUAAUUAUGUGUAUGAAUGUCAAUGUAUACCAUUUCCCCACAAACCAACCAGCCAUAAAUUCAGGAUCUGUCUGGAUUAUGAAGCCGGGAAGAUCUCCUUUUAUGAGCUGAGCGACCCCAUCAGACACCUCCACACCUUCACCACCACCUUCACCGAGCCCCUCCAUCUUGUGAUCUAUAUUUGGAAUGGAUCUAUGACUAUUACCUAGUAGAAUGAUAUUUUUGUGUACAUUUUAUCUCAUUCUGUGCAGUGAGUGACGGUUUUAUUGGUAGACCCAAAUCUCAUAGUUCAGUGUUUAGUGGAUUCUCGGGUGUUAAAACCCAUUUUGGUUUCUUGUCUUUCUCUGGGAUUUCAGUGGUGAAAUCUUUUCAUGAGGCUACUAUUCUGUUAAAUGUCUAAUGUAUUGAAUAUAAUGUAUUAUGGUGGGAAUAUCACAGCACUGGAGUCCUUUGAAAGCUAUAAAAUGCCAGAAAGUGCCUCAGCCCACCAGACUCCAGGAAGAAUUCUUGUAGCUUAAAGCGGUUGUAUAGUCCCAUACAUUUUUUUUUUUUUAGUCACCUGUAAGGCAAAAG